AUGGCAGCUCACUCUGCAGCACUCUCCAUUUCCAAAAUAGUCAAUCCUUUUCGGGCUGGAUUUGCUGGAAACACAUUGAAAGUAUUUGGAACAACUGUUACCAGUCACAGGAAUAAGGCCGUGUUAACUGGCGGGAACAUUCCUCCCCCAGCAAAAUAUGGCGGCAGACAUACUGUCACCCUCAUACCAGGAGAUGGAAUUGGACCAGAGCUGUUUAGUCAUGUCAGAGAAGUGUUCAGAUUCAGCUGUGUGCCCGUGGACUUCGAGGUGGUACACGUGAACUCCGCCUUGGAGACUGAAGAUGAUAUCAACAAUGCCAUCACUGCCAUUCGCCGCAAUGGCGUAGCUCUCAAAGGUAACAUAGAAACCAAACACACCAUGCCCCCCUCUGUCAAAUCCAGAAACAAUCUUCUUCGCACAAGCUUGGACCUGUAUGCCAAUGUGAUGCACUGCCAGUCUCUCCCAGGUGUACAAACUCGCCACAAAAACAUUGACAUCAUGAUAAUUCGAGAGAACACAGAGGGAGAGUACAGUAGUCUGGAGCAUGAGAGUGUCUCCGGAGUGGUGGAGUCUCUUAAAAUAAUCACUAGAAACAAUUCCCUCCGGAUUGCUGAGUAUGCCUUCCGUUUGGCCAGAGAGAAGGGCCGACGCAGGGUCACCGCUGUCCACAAGGCCAACAUCAUGAAACUGGGCGACGGUUUGUUCCUGCAGUGUUGCAGGGAGGUGGCCUCAGGGUACCCCGACAUCACAUUCGACAGCAUGAUUGUGGACAACACCACCAUGCAGCUGGUGUCAAACCCGCAGCAGUUUGAUGUGAUGGUGAUGCCCAACCUUUAUGGCAACGUGGUGAGCAAUGUGUGCGCCGGCCUGGUGGGGGGCCCCGGCCUUGUACCAGGAGCCAAUUACGGCCGUAACUAUGCAGUCUUUGAAACGGCAACGAGGAACACAGGAAAAAGUAUCGCAAACAAGAACAUUGCAAACCCUACUGCUCUGCUGCUCGCCAGCUGCAUGAUGCUUGACCAUCUUAAGCUUUAUGAUUAUGCAACUUUGAUCCGGAAUGCUGUACUCACAACCAUGAAUGAAACCCGGUUGCACACUGCGGACAUUGGCGGCCAGGGCACCACAUCAGAAGUGGUUCAGUCCAUCAUGCGAAUCAUCCAGAGUAAAGGACAACACACGGCUGAGAUGUAA